AUGACGCCCUCGCCGCCUCCUCCACCCUCGCCGUCCCAGCACGCGACCGUCCACGCCUACGCCAGCAACGGCCUCGAGAUUCUCCAGGCCGCCAGCGAUGCCGCCCAGGCCAUCCAGAACCCCCAGGCUCUUCAAAAUGCCGCCGCCGCCGCUGCCGAGGUCGUCGUCCAGCCCGCCAUUGACGAAGACGCUGCUGCUGCUGCUGCGGCGGCGGCGGCCCACCAGAUGACGGGCUCGACGCCUCCUCCUGCUCCCCAUCCUCUCCCUGCCUCUCCUCCUCACCAGCAGCAGCAGCAGCAGCAGCUCCAACCGCACCACCAGCAUCCCCAGCACCUGAUGCCCGGCCCCGGCGGCGUCAUGCGCGACCCGACCAUCAACCCCAAGCUAACGCGCCUGCGACGUGCCUGCGACAUGUGCAGUAUGCGUAAGGUUAAGUGCGAUGAUACCGACGUUCCCUGUCGCCCGUGCCGCGAGCUGGGCGUCGACUGCACCUACGAGCGUGAGACGAAGCGACGCGGCCCCCCCAAUAAGCAUGCCGAGGCCGCCAAGGCCGCCAAGAGAGCUCGCGUCGACUUCGGGGCCGCCGCUGCCGCUGCUGCUGCCGCUGCCGUUGCCUCGGCCGCCACCGGCGCGCUGCCCGCCUCCCCGUCGCCGCACAACGCGGCCAAGACGCUCAUCAACAUCUCGUCCGACGGUCUGCUCGACGCCGAGGCUAUUGCGCCGCUGCCCGUCCUCGAGCUCCUCGUCGACGACUUCUUCACCUACCUGCACCCGCUCGCCCCCUUUCCUCAUGAACCCACCUUUCGCCAAUCGUUUGCCAACCGCGAGGAUCGCUCCCGGCCUGACUUUCUCGGCCUGCUCGCCAGCAUGAUUGCCGCCCUCGUCGCCUCCUUCCCCCGCAGCGCCCGUGAGCAUCUCAAGUCGCAGCACGGCGCGCACCUCUUCCCCAAGCCCGUCGUCAUGGCCGACCGCUGCCGCGACAUUGCCCUGCUUACCCGCGGCAGCAAGUGGGUCCUCAAGCAGCCCAAGACGCUCGACGACGCCGCCACCAGCUACUUUCUCGGCCUCGCCUGCGGCUACUGCGACCAGUGGAACGCCUCGCGACACUUCAUGGCCGAGACGCUGACUCUGAUCCGGGAACUAGGCUUCGCCCGGCCCAAGCAUCCAGGCGAUCUGCCCACCUUUGGCAACGACCCGUACUCGGCCGACCCGCUGCCCUUUAAUCACGUCAAGGAUCAGAUCGGCAAGCGCCUGUUUUGGUGCCUCUUGCUGGGUGUCAGGUCCUUUUCGCAACUUGGCGCAUCGCACACGCCCACCGAUCUCGUCAUUGCGCCAUCGACGCCCAACCUCCCGUAUCCGGCGUACCCGGAGAACGUUGACGACAUCUGCGUGCUGGCCAACGAAAUCAUCCACCAGGCCGAGGGCAGCGUGACGCUGCUGACGGGCUUCCGCUUCGCCAUCGACAUCUACACGACCAUGAACGGCGUAGUCAGCCUCGAGCUGGCCUACGGCAUGAGCACCCUGCCCUGGCCCGACCAGCGGCUACUUCUGCGAGACGGCCUCGUGGCUGCCAAGAGCAUCGUCGACAACCUGCCGCCGGAACUGCAGCUGGGCAACCUUGGCGACGACGCCAACUCGCUGGCGGGCCUCGACGAGGCGGGCCUGCAGUACGUGCCGCCCGUGUGGCCCCAGGCGCAGCCGCCGCACGACCUGCGCAGCGUCAUCAAGGCGCAACCCCUGCAACGGCGGCAGCUGCAGUACGAGAUGCAAAAGGCCAACAUCUUUGUGUCGCAGCUGGCCACGCGCUCCUACUUUGUCGACCUCUUCUUCACCCUGCGCGACGUCCACCUGAGCGAGCUGCAGCAGCAGCAGCAGCAGCAGGGCGGCGGCGACGAGGUGGAGGCGCAGCUCGAGGAGAUCAAGGCGCUGCAGGACGUCGACGAUAAGGACAUCCUCGACCUCAUGUGCGCGGAGCGCGAGCUGCUGGUGCAGAACCUGCUGACGAUUCUCGGGUCCGUCUCGCAGCGCAACCUCGAGCCCAACGGCGGGUCCCUCAUCAACAAGAUCCGGCAGGUGGCGCUGACGCUGCUCAACGACGCGCCGGAGCGCAAGGGCCCCUUUGCCGUCAAGGCCGAGGAGGCGCUGUCGCAGCUCAUCGAGGUGCUGGCCAAGCUCGACAAGUCGGGCUCCGCGGCGGGCUCGGGCCGGGCGGCCGACCCGAGCCAGAUGAUGACGGUCGAGGACGAGGACGAGGAGCUGCGGCACUGGGCCGACCUGCGCGACUUUCAGCUGCGGUACGCGGCCAACGGCGGCUUUGGCGACGACUUGUGA